ACUUGCACAUCGGAUACAGCAGUUAUAGAUUUUCUAUCAGCGUGGAAAUCCUCUCACGUUGCGUUCGAGAGAAUUUCUCGUUCGGCGGUGAUCGCUCGUCACUUUUUGACGGUGGAAUAGUAUCCUAAUUUCUUUUAUUCUUUAAGCGUAUCGUCUCCUAAUUCAGUCAACUACGAUCUCGUGAUAAUGUUGGCCAAAUCUCUGAUUCUUGGUUUUUUGGUCACUGUCGUUGUGGCGAAAAUUCCUCCCUACAUAAAGGUGUGUGGACGAAGAAAUCCAAAUUUGGACCAAUGUAUCCUCAAAAGCGUGGAAGGCUUGAGAGAGAAGCUUCGCACAGGAAUGCCAGAGCUCAAUGUUCCUCCAUUGGAGCCCAUGAUACUGAAAGGAUUUCCUCUAUCCGAGACCGAAACGUUCCGAGCUUAUGCUGAGAACGUUAAACUUACCGGACUCACGAAUUUCGAGGUGAAGAGUUUCCACAAUGAUCUAGACAAAAAUCAACUGAACAUGCAUGUCGUAUUCAAAAGAAUAGAUCUUGACGCCGACUACGAUAUAAACGCGAAAAUACUCGUCCCCAUCAAAGGCAAAGGACCAAUCCACAUCGUGUCACAUGACGUCGAAGCUAAGGUAGUGAUGCAAUACAAGUUCGCGAUGAAAAAUGGUGCAAAAUACGUUUAUUUCUCGUCGAUGACAACGAAGCUCUCAAUAAAGGAUUUCGAGGCCGACUUUAAAUCAGCCGAUGGCGUUGACAGCCCAAUAACGAAAGCCAUCAACGACGCCCUCGAUGGAGGCCGCAAGGAAAUUCUCGAAUUAGUCAGACCCACACUCGAAAAAGUCAUUUCCGAAAAAAUUCUCGAGCUUGGUAACAACGUUUGCAAAGGAUUUACCUACGACGAACUCCACCCGGACACAACGGAAUAAAAUGAGCUUCGAAUCGAUUAUCAAGGAGUGCAACGGGUCAAAAUAACGGCUCAAAUCAUUUCGAUAAGAAGAUGAAUGAGUAAGAAUAAAAAUAAAAAUACUUUUAUGCAA